AUGAAAAGCAUAAAAAAAGUUGCAAAAGAUUUAAAAUUGACACAACAUCAAUCAUCAAUAUUUAUUAUUCCAACGUCUUCAUCUGAAGUACUUGCACCACUAACACAAGUUCUGGCUGGUUCAUCAACUACUACACUAACAACAUCUCAUAAUGUUUCUCCAGUAGCAUUGGAUAAAGCUAUACAGACUAGUCAACGUUGUUUGGCAUCACAGUCGCAAUCAGCUCCUUCAUCAAAGCGAAGUCGCACAUGA